CUCUCCAGAGGUUAUUUUUAUUCCAUGAAUUCUUCAGACCAACACACGGAAUAAAGAAGUCACACACUCUAAAAGCUUCUUCACGAAUGCAUCAACAUUAUCAACAAUCGUCAACGAUCACGCAUUAUUGGGGAGAUUUUCGGUUUCAGCAUGGAUAAUGAAGAGAUCGAAACCUACUCCUUAAAAUGGAACAAUUACGUGGAGCAAUUCAUGACUUCGUUUGAUUCACUGAGGACAGAAAAAGCGCUUUUGGACGUUACGCUGAGCAGUGAAGGCAGGAAACUUUCUGCCCACAAGAUUAUUCUGUCCGCCUCCAGUCCCCUUCUCAAGCAAUUGUUGGAGGAGAGUCCAAAUGAACACCCGCUUGUAAUUUUCCCAAGUAUUGCUUUUGAAGAUCUCGAAGGCAUCGUUGACUUCAUUUACACCGGAAAAGUGAAGCUGGAUGGAAACCGACUCUCCACAUUUCUACAAACUGCCGAGCUGUUGGAGAUCAAAGGAUUGGCAAAAAUCAGAGACGAUUUACCUGAUGUGGCAGGUUCAUUAAAAUCAGGAAAGAUCACAAGUGAACCAAAAUUAGUUGAAGAGGUGGCAACAUCCUCAUAUGAAAAGAUUGCCCCUAUGGAUAUGGAAGAAGCUUCUGACUGUCUAACUACAUUGGAGGAGCCAGAAUCUAUUGUGAUUGAAAUUCCGCUCGAUGUUCCAGAGCCAGAAGUUCCAAUCCACAACAAUCCAGCACUUAUGGAACCCAUUACCAAUGGUUCCGACUCCGUGCCUGUGAUGGCCGUGAUGAACCCUGAUGAGAACAAGCAAGUUCCGAAAGAGCAAGGCCAAAAGAAGGACAUUGGGGAGAUUAGAAUAGAUGUAGCGUCUGAUGUGGAGGAAAUCAUUGUUCUUGACGAUGACAGUGAUGAUGAUGAUGGUGAGGAUUGCACUCAAAUUGCAACACAACAAGGUACCAAAUCUCCCUCAAAGGAAGCCUGUAGCAAAGAUAUAGGCCGCCGUAAUCGCAAGGAAAUAUGUUGGAAAGGCUCGUCAAGUGAACCCCGUCGAAAAAUAGCCAAAAAACCUGAAAAACUGGCGGUCGUUGUGCGAGGCCGCAAAUAUUACUGCAGUUUGUGUCAGGAUAAGUCUUUCGCAGACUUUAGGUCAUGCAAAACUCAUUGCGACAAGCACUUCUUUACCACCCACACCUGCCAUGUUUGCUUCAAAGUUUACUCGUCGAGGAAGAACUACCUACGGCACAGCAAAAUCCACACUGACCAGUUCAAGUGCCAAAUCUGUGAGCAAAAGUUUGCCUGCAUUUCACACCUCAAGCGCCACCAUGAAAGUAAGCACCUCUAAAUUUUAGCCUUCUUGUCAAAUAUUUUCUCUCAUUUGAUGCAAAAAUUGCAUGUUUUAAGUUUCCAUGUUUUAAGUAGAAAGUGCUGGAGCACUAUUAUUUUAUGUUUUAAAACUCACAGCACCUUAUCAAGAAGUGCCUUUUAAACAGUAGUCAAAGUAGUAUGAUAAUGUGCAAUGCUGACAUUGAAUUGAUCUCAAUACAAAAAUAUCUUGCUUGAAUUUUCCAAGCAAUAUUAUUUAAAAUCCGUAUAAUAAUCUACUAUAAUCUUACUUGAUAAUUAGAACAUUUUCUAAUGGAAAUCAUAAUCUAAAAACUGAAAUUAUUUCUAAGUUAUUUUAUUUUAGUUCAGACUACCUUAUAGGCUGUGGCUGCUCUAAUGAGAGCCAUUGCAGCUCUAAUUGUUACUCCCGUCUUUAGCGACCUUUCAAUGUAGUAUAAAAUAUGUUCUAUUCAUUUUGUUUUGAAACCACAGAAAAAUUAUUGAAACGGAAGUAUCUGUUCUACUAAUUAGUAAUCAAAAUUUAUAUUAGGAGAACCCCAAAUUAGUGGAACUUAAUGCUAAAUUCUAUUUUUCUAGUUACCAAUUGAUUCCGAAGACACAAUUUUAAAAUUUUAAAGAACUCUACUUUUACGUCUGUUUUCUCAAUCAAUUCUUCUAAAUAGUUAAGCAAUACCCAUUA